GAUAAAUCCGAGCACCUCCUUCUCGUGAAAGAAAAAAAGGGAUACCCAUGACGGGCCACCAAAUUAACGGCGUUGCGGGAGCCAGUCAUCGAACCCAAUCGACCAUUCAAAUAUUCAACGUCAACUCCCGUCAUCAUCAAAUACCAAAUAGAAUUCUUCAACGUCUGAUUUUACCCGAUGUCCGCUACUAUGGAAUCCAUUGCCGAUCUCUGGAAUGGAAUGGACACGCCGGGGACCCUGGUGGUUCAGCAAGCAACACUGGCAGCUGCAACAGCAACGGUCUCGGAUUAUUUGCAGGUUCAAAGACAACGACGAACAUAGCGAUAACCAUCGCGACGGUCGGUCAUGGGACGCGACGCCUCGCAUUUUGUGUCACAACGGAGCAACAAACAGAUGGCCGGUGGAACCCGACCACUUUUUCUGCGGAAAGCUCCGACCUGCGUAUAAAAGGUUGGCUACUCAGGCCUCUAGGUUUCUCCAGCCUCAGUCUCCUUUUCACCCCUUCGGUUCACCUUUUCUCAGGGCAGGUCCACCCUUUCAACCUUUCAGAAACUCUUCCUUCGAAUCUUCUUACUUGACUCCGGAGUUCAGAACUACUUUUUGAAUUCAAACGGUUCCUCCAAUCAUGUUGUCUCUAGCUAGAUCCUUCACCUUCAUUGCUCUCUCUCUCGCCUUGAUGGUACAAGUCAACGGCCACUCCGUCGUUUCACCUGCUAUGGGUGUUACGGGGGCACCCGUUCGAGAAGACGCCCAGCGUACAGGACGUAGACCCUGUGGACGGAUGGAUGUUGCACAGAACAUCGAUAGUUCGCAGACGAUUACACCGAAUGCUGAUGGGUCGAUAACUAUGACUAUCAAUAAUUUCAACCCUCGCCGUGACGGUUCCCGUGAGAUCGAAAAGGCUAGUAUAGAUGCGGACGGUACAGGAGACUUUGCUACGCCUGUUACAGUAACCAAGAAUGGUGAAACUUCCCCAAAAACCCGUACCGGAAGCGAGCAGAUCACAGUUAUGAUGCCUCCUGGUAUGAAAUGCACUGGCGGUGCCGCAGGUAAUCUUUGUGUCAUGUCGUUCACUACAAUCAGCGGUUUCGGGAACUGUGUAGUGGUUGCACAAGAUCCAAACGCCGGUGCUGCUGGAACUGGGGCAACGGGCGAGGCUGGUACAGCUACUGGUGCUACUGGUGCUACUGGUGCUGGUACUGGCACAACCGGUACAGGUGGAACUGGUACCGGGGUCGGUGGAACUGUUGGCACUGGCGCAGCUACUGGUGCUACUGGUACUGGUACUGGUGCGACGGGCACGACAGGUACUGGUGCAACUGGUGCUGGUACUGGAACAACUGGCACUGGUAUUGGAACAACCGGUACAGGUGAAACUGGUACCGGGGUCGGUGGAACUGUUGGCACUGGCGCAGCUAGUACCGGGGUCGGUGGUACAACUGGAUCGACGGGCACUGGUGCGACAAACAAUGUCCGACUCGCCGCAAUCGGAGGCUCCCGCGCUCCCCGUGCGUUGAUUCAUGGAUUCAUUUAAGUUCAGUGAAGGAAGAUAUUUUGUUUGGUUGUUUUUCUCUUCUUUUUCGGACUAUUUCACCUGUUCACAGCCCAGUUGGGUUGAAAAAAAGAGGCAAUGGACGCUGUUUAACUCCAUGUGUAUAUAUGUAAAAUAGUAGUUUCUGCAAGCAAUGUAGCGAAGUAUAAGUGGGAGUGGGCAAUUCCCGCGACGGUCAAUUAUAUUUGGUUCUAUUUGGCUCAA